AUGGGACUGGUUGCUAUUACAUUAAUCGUGGUUGUGUGUAUGUGGAUUUCGAAUUACAUCUAUAAGAGGGCAAAAUACAUUUUUGAGAGGAUAUCAGUAUUCCAAGGUCCAGAAGCAUUACCAGUAAUCGGGAACUUGAUUCAGUUCCAUUUUAAACCUGAAGAAUUCUUCGAACAAGCUCAAGGUCUGUCUUACAUGUUACGAAGUCGCCAGGAGCGCCUUUGUAGAAUUUGGUUCGGACCAAUGCCUUUCGUUUUGAUGUACGGUCCGCAGGAAUGCGAAGCGGUUUUAGGCAGCAACAAAAUGUUACACAAACCAGUACAGUACAGUUUCCUUUCACCUUGGAUUGGAGAAGGCCUUCUAGUAAGUAAACCCGACAAAUGGCGUUCACGACGGAAACUCUUAACGCCCACAUUCCACUACGAAAUUCUUAAAGAUUUUGUCGAGGUCUACAAUCGACACGGAAGGACGCUUCUAGGAAAGUUCCUGAAGAUUGCCGAUCAUGGCCAAUACGAAGACAUUUUUCAUACUGUCACCUUGUGUACACUAGACGUUAUCUGCGAGGCCGCCCUAGGCAUCUGUAUCGAUGCGCAGAAAAAUCCGCAUUCACCGUACUUAGAAGCUGUUUUCAGGAUGAAAGUCAUCGUCCAACAGCGGCAAGUGAAACCUCAAUAUUAUCCGGAGUUCCUCUUCAACCUUAUAGGUGAUGGAAAAGAACAAGCGCGAUGUGUAAAGAUUCUACAUGAGUUCACCGGAAAUGUUAUACGAGCACGGAAAGCAAAAGCUGAUGCAGCUGGUGGUGUAGAGAAACUUCUCCUGCAAGAAUCAGCCGAAGGUAAUACAAAGAAACCAAAAGAACACUGA